AUGGACAGUAAUAACGAUGAAAUCAUUUGUAUUUCAUCAGACGAUGAUGAAGAUACAAGACAGGUUCGUGCAUCUUGCUACACUGAAAUUGUUAAUUAUAAAUAUUAAUAUAAAUUCUGAAUAGCUAAUAGAUAUGAUUUUCUUGUGGUUAACAGGUAUUAUUUAAAAACAAUAUCAUUACCAAGAAAGAGUCAGUUAUUAACCUAUUGAAGAAUAAUUGCAAUUCCCCGUCUAAUUCUGUAUCAAGUAGCACAAAAAUUUCUUUGAAUGACAAUAAAAAAGUAAAAGAAUGUGUACUUAAAAGAAAAGUGUCUGAAAUAAUUGAUGACAACGAUGAAGGUUCUUCUAUUGAGAGAAGCUCUAAACUUGCGCGUAAACAAGGAGAUAGUGUUAAAGCACAUAAUUUGGAGGAAGAAACAGAAGUAGAAAUAAAAGAGGAAGGAAUGGAAGAUAAAACAUUGUUGAGACCAAAGUUGAUUAUAAAAGAGAAGAGGACUAUUUGUUCUGUGGAGCAGGAUAUAUUCCCUAUGUUUAUCAGUUUAUGUUUGCAGAAAGAUCGUUCCGACGACAUGAAAAAGAUUGUUAAUAAAUUAAAGAGACGUUAUGAACAGUUGGACCCUUCGUAUGCUAAUUCUGAAGUUUUCACUGAUUUUUUAAAUGAAAAAAGAAAUGAAAUAAUGGAGAGUAACUGUAAACUUUACACGUAUAUAAAUGAAGUAAUGAAUGAAAUGAAAAAUAGCUGUAAAGGAAAAUGGAUUUUAUCAUCAAUCAGCAAAAGUUAUUUUUCUGGUGGAAACAAAUUAAAUAGAGAUAAUAAUUCAAAUAUAUCUACUGCAAUGUGUUCAAAUAUGUCACACACAAGUAAUAGCAUAAUUAAUGAUAAUGAUAAUGAUAAUGAAAUAACGUUAACUAAUAUAAAUGAUGAAGAAGAACAAGAAAAGGAAUUUGCUGUACAAAAGAAAAUUGGUAAAAUACUAAAAGCAAUGAAAAAAUGUGAGAAAAUUAUAAAAAAACUGGAAGAGUUGGAAAUAGAUUUUGAUGAUGAAAAUAAUAGUAGUUAUAUCAAACUAGAAAGAUAUAAAUAUCGAAUGGUGGAAUUGUAUAAUAAAUAUUGUGAAUACACUGGUGAAAAUACUGAUGCAGGACGGCAAUAUCUACGGCCAAAACAUUUUAGCACAACUGGAAUUGUUUCUGUGGAUCAUGCUAUUUCAAGUUUUAUUAAUUCUAAAAUAUUGAAAAGGAACAAAUUGAAAAAAAUUGGUGAUUUUACAAAAGCAUUAAUCUUUCCAGAUUACAAUGACAUUUUAAAAUGUGUUACAAAAUGUAAUGAAUUACAUAGUUUAGGUUUGAAUGACAGAAAAAGGCAAGAUAUUGCAAAAAAAGCAUUCAGCGAUUUAGGAGACUAUCUGCAAAAGUGUCGACGCGAUGAUUAUUGGGACACAUUUUCCUUAUUUCUUGAAGGUAAAGAAGAUGAUCCUGCAUUGAAGAAUGCAGAAUUAACUGAAAAAUUGAUACAAAACAAGAAGAUGGGUGAGACUAAAUUAUUAAAAUAUACAAAGAAACAAGAACAAACGAAAGACAUUAAAAGAUCAUUCAUAGAGAAUGAAGAUGAUGAUGAGGAUAGUGUAGAGAAUAAUGAUGAUGAUGAUGAAGAUGAUAAUGAUAAUGGAGAAGUUGAUAAUGAUGUUAGUGACAUUGAUAUAAAUUUGGAUACAGAUAAUAAUAAAAGUUCAUCUGAAAAUGAUAGUACAGAUGAGACUGAAAUAGUUAAAAAUAAAACAAAUAUAAGAACCAAGUCUGAUACAAGAAAAACUAAUUCUGGUCUAGAAAUGGGAGAAAUUUGUCAACAGAAUAUUAAUGAUAGAUUAAGAGGUUAUGAAUAUGAUAACUUUAAAUCAGAAAAAGUUAGCAAUGUGAAUACAUCUAAUUGUACAAAUAAUUUUAAAUCAGAGCCAAUGAUGGAAAGUGACAGAAUAUCAACGUCAGAUCUAGUGAAAAAUUUAAAUACUACGUCUAAUAUAUCACUAUCAAUCACAGCAAAUAAUAAAAUUAUUAUAGAUAAAACAAAAGAAGAUGAUCCUAAUACAGUAGUAAAUGAAGGUCUAAUGGAUGAAAAGUCAUUAGAAGAUAAGGAAGAAGAUGCAGAAGAAAAGCCACUGUUACGAGUACGCUCUUUUGCCAAACCUCCAAUCACAUGGAAAGAUGGGCAAGAAAAGAUAGACGAAUGUAAUAAAAAUGAAAAUACAGUAAAGACACCAACCACUAAAGAUACCGUAGACCUUACACAAAAUAUUGCACAAGAAAAUUCGGUUCAUCAGCGUGCAACUAUUCAGAAUUCAGAGUCGAACAAUGCAACUAAAUUAGGAAGCAGUCAGAUCAUUUCUCCGUUACGAGUAAUAGAUAAAAAUACAAAAUUUAUCGCUAUAAAUAAUAUAUCAUCGAAUUUACCCGCUAAUCAGGGAACAAAUACUAAUAAUCAAAUACAAAAUUCAGAAAUGAAACAAAAAAGCACAAAUUCUGUGCUUCAAUCUAAUCAAAUAGUAGUAUUACCCAUGAAACAAAAGGAAAAUACUUCGCAAUCUCCAAAGACAAAUUCAUCGUCGGAAUCUAAAUGA